UCUGUCUCCCUCUCUCCACUAACUGCCCAGGAGUGAGCAGCUGCUCUAGGCGGCCCAACAGACAGACAAGACAGACGCAAGGACUGCCCGACACCCAAGCCUGCCAACUAACCAGCCUGCACCCAGCGCUUCCCUUUCCCAGGUAUGCCUACCAUGUGGCCCCUCUGGCUCCUUGCGCCCCUGCUGGCCCUGAGCCAGGCCCUGCCCUUUGAACAGAAGGGCUUCUGGGACUUCACGCUGGACGAUGGGCUGCCCAUGCUCAAUGAUGAGGAAGCUUCGGGUGCCGACACGACCUCGGGAGUCCCAGACCUCGACUCCCUCCCGCCCACCUUCAGCGCCAUGUGUCCUUUCGGCUGCCACUGCCACCUGCGGGUUGUUCAGUGCUCUGACCUGGGUCUGAAGGCUGUGCCCAAGGAGAUUUCACCUGACACCACAUUGCUGGACCUGCAAAACAACGACAUCACCGAGCUCCGCAAGGAUGACUUCAAAGGCCUCCAGCACCUCUACGCCCUUGUCCUGGUGAACAACAAGAUCUCAAAGAUACACGAGAAGGCUUUCAGCCCUCUGCGGAAGCUGCAGAAGCUCUAUAUCUCCAAGAACCACCUGGUUGAGAUCCCUCCCAACCUGCCUAGCUCCCUGGUGGAGCUCCGCAUCCAUGACAACCGCAUCCGAAAGGUGCCCAAGGGUGUGUUCAGUGGGCUGCGCAACAUGAACUGCAUUGAGAUGGGUGGGAAUCCCCUGGAAAACAGUGGCUUUGAACCUGGAGCCUUCGAUGGCCUGAAGCUCAACUAUCUUCGCAUCUCUGAGGCCAAGCUCACCGGCAUCCCCAAAGACCUGCCUGAGACCCUGAAUGAACUCCACCUGGACCACAACAAAAUUCAGGCUAUUGAGCUGGAGGAUCUGCUCCGCUACUCCAAACUGUACAGGCUGGGCCUGGGCCACAACCAGAUCCGCAUGAUUGAGAAUGGAAGCCUGAGUUUUCUGCCCACCCUGAGGGAGCUGCACUUGGACAAUAACAAGCUGUCCAAGGUGCCUGCUGGCCUUCCGGAUCUCAAGCUACUCCAGGUUGUCUACCUACACACCAACAAUAUCACCAAGGUGGGCGUCAACGACUUCUGCCCCAUAGGCUUCGGGGUCAAGCGGGCCUACUACAACGGCAUCAGCCUCUUCAACAAUCCUGUGCCUUACUGGGAGGUGCAGCCAGCCACCUUCCGCUGUGUGACUGACCGCCUGGCCAUCCAAUUUGGCAACUACAAAAAGUAGAGGCAGCAGCAGCCUUGUGGUGGCCUGGGCCAGGUCUCUGGGAAGCACGGGGAACGUCCUGAGGGGGUGGCAGAGCAAGGGAGCGAGGCCAGUGCCCAGCUGCACCCAACCCAGCCCCACCCUUUAUCCCCAACCCCCACUCGCUGCCCCCUGACACCUCUGCCCUGACUCCCAAGUGUGCAGGUGGGGCACGAGGCCCAGACCUCAUCACACGUCCCCUUAGCUUCAGAGCUGCCCCUCUCUAUCAUCAUAGCCACUCAGAGGCGCCCCUGCCAAAUUUUUUGCCAUUUCACCCUGAAACCAAAUUUUCCGAGGCUCCAGUACAAGGAAACCAGUCCCUGGGUCUGGGGGCAGAAGGAGACAAGCAGGGAUGGAGACAGCAGAUCCUAUCGAACCCAGUGCACCUGGCUGGCGCACAUUCCUCCACCACAUGAACUUGCAGCUUCCAGCCCUCAUUGACCUGGUCUGCUACCCUUGGUCUCAGAUGGCCCCCCAUCUUUAUGCAAGUUCACAGCCCAUCCAUCCAAGCCUCCUCGCUCUACUGGCUCCUAAACCAGUCCUGUCCCUCUCUCUCUAUCUCCCUUUCUUGUCCUCCCUCUUCCCUCUUAACGUCCUUCGGCUGGAUCUGGUGUCUGCAAUGAGAGGCCUUGCCCAGCCCCUACCCAGGCAAGCCAGUGGGUGAGGAGGCAGUUGCCCCCCACAGCUGCCUACUCUGCCCAGGCCUCUCACCCAAGCUUGGAUGGUCCUGGAGGAGGCAGGUGGAGGUGCUGCACCCCGCACACACUCUAGUCAAGACCCUGGAAGUCAGGCCCCCAGGAGGGGCCCAACAUCCCACUGAAGUCCCAAACACGCUUUUCAUUGUCCCCCCCCUUCCCCCUUAAUGGCUAGGUCCUCCCCCACCUCCCUUUCAGCCCCUGGUGCAGAGUUUCGAGCAAUCACACCCAGCCUGAGGAGGGGCUGCUUCUGAGGUCGGUUGUUGUCUUUCAAUUAAAGAAGCACUGUGCAAUAUG